UUGCACAUUGAGCUGAGGGAUAGACUAACAAAUAGAAGGCCUAUUGUGUUCUUUUAACUUAGUCCUGAGGAAAUAUAGCAAGGAUGGAUGUUUCUCCUGAAAUAAAACUCAAUCAGCACUUAACAUUGAGUUACAAAAGCUGUGCUCAUCACAGCUCAUCACCAAGUGACUUCACCUGUGACUCGGAUAAAAAACAAGCCACACAUCUCAGCCACCUCCCAAAGGAGAUCCCUCUGAAACAGCUAGUCUCUGGUAGCCCACAUCUGUUAGACCGAAGCCUUUCAGACGUCAAAGAGACUGAGAAGGACUACCCAAGUCAGAACACAUUAAUUACUGUCUAUGCUGUGUCUAUCACCUUUGUCAUUGGAGUGACCAUUUCUCUGAUCCUGCAUAUUUACUUAUUGGAGAGUUUGGUGUUUGUAAAAGGCAUGUUAGUGUCAGAUGAUGACCACUGCACUGCCCUCGGCCAGCGAGUCCUUCAUGAUCGUGGGUCCAGUGUGGACGCAGCCGUCGUUGCUGCUCUGUGUUUGGGUGUGGUGCAUCCACAUGCGUCAGGUGUUGGCGGAGGUGGGGUGAUGAUGGUUCAUGACAUCCACAAGAAUAAAACCAGGGUGAUAAACUUUCAGGGAACUGCACCUAAAAACCUUAAAGAGGAGAUGCUACAAAAUGUUUCCGAACUGAAGGCAGGUUUGUAUGUGGGAGUGCCAGGUAUGCUCAGAGGGUUACACCAUGCCCACAGUCUGUAUGGAAGUCUUUCUUGGGAGGAUCUGGUCAGUCGAGCUGCUGCUGUUGCCAAAGAAGGUUUCAAUGUAUCUUUCAGUCUUGCUGAGGCUGUAUCAAAGGUAAAAGAUGAGCAGCUAUCGCAACGCUUCAGGGACACAUUCUUCCCAGAUGGCCAAGCUCUGCGUCCUGGUUCAUUUCUGAGGAUGCCCAGUCUGGCUGGAGUCUUAGAGGCCGGGCUGUCAAACUUCUAUGAUGGGAUCUUCACACAAGAGAUGGAGGAUGAGUUGCGAGCUAAUGGAGGUGUCCUGACCAGAGGCGACAUCAGUAACUACAGUGUACAAGUUGAACAGCCAGUGGAAGGCUUGUCUAAUGAGUUUAUCAUUCAAGUUCCUCCUCCCCCAUCUGCUGGUGCAGCUUUGUUAUCAGCGCUCAAUCUUUUGCAGGGCAUCCAUCUCAAUGAGAAUAACAACAACACAGAAAAUCAAACACACCAAUGGAUUGCUGAGGCUCUGAAACCAGCUUUGGUUUUGGCCAGUGGUUUGGGGGACCCUAAAUAUAACUCUUUGGUGACGGAGCUGCUCUCUGACAUGCUGAGUAAGAGUAAAGCUGAAGUGUUUUGCCAGAGGACCAAUUCCUCCACUGUUCACCCCCUGCAGACAGAGGUGACCGCUGGACAAGUAGUUGUAAUGGGACCAGAUGACCUCAUCGUAUCAACAGCAAGUUCCUUAAACAGGCCAUUCGGGAGCAGGAUCAUAACACGGUCAGGUGUCAUUCUCAACAGUCUCAUUCUUGACUUCUCCUGGCCGAACAAAACCAGAGGGCAACCCUUAACCAACCAGAGAGUUCAACAGUUCAACAGAGUCCAGUCGGGAAACCGGCCCCUAUCAACUCUCAUGCCCACAAUAUUGGUGCCAGUGUGGCAUAAAUGUGGGAUCCAUGUGGCACUAAGCAGUCCAGGUGGACAGCAAAGUUUGAAUGAGAUCACCCAGGUGAUCAGUGCACUGUCCUUCCAUAAAGAGAAAAAUGACAGCUUCUUUUGGAGAAGACUCCAUCCCUGAUUUCAACCACACAUACUUACUGUUGAUUAAGUGUGUCAUCAGCUGAAUUUCCAAAAAAACAUGUGCCGUUUCUGCAUGAGAAGGACCUUAAAGUUCAAAGAGUAAAGAUGAACUCUGCUGUCCAGGGAAUCCUGAAGAACAAAAAUGCCAUUACAGCCAUAGCACCACCUCAGUCAUCUGAUCUUAUAGUUUUAUUGACCACAUAAACUUUGUGUUUUUUUCACAAACAACUUCAAAAGGCUUAUGAAAUUGAAUGAAAGAUGGAUGAGCUGUUGUUACAUUCUAUGAUCUAAGUUUAUGGCUGUUGUUCUCCAGUGUUGUUACUGUGAUCACCAGCCAGCAGGGGGCAUUCCUCCCACAAUCACUUUGUAUUAAAGAAGCCAAAACUGCCUUUUCAUAUGAACUGUCUCACCUCAUCAUACUUGAGCUCUAAUCUGAUAUUUGUUGGUGGAAUUUUAAAUAAAGGAUGACAGAUAAAGGCCACCAUGCAUAUGCAUGCUGAAGAAAAUGAGGAGUGUUAUGUAAAGCUGAUGUGCAGUCAAGAUACUGUCAGAGAAUACCAGCUGCAUCACACGCUAGGACAUGUCACAUGUCUGCAUGCAGACAAACAUGUCACUCAAAAACAUUGCACUUAGGUUACCUAAAUACUAAAUAUGUGACGCUUCCUUUGUAGCUGCUUGUAA